GCCCCCUGGCGCCCGCGGGCCGCGGUUCCCGGCCGGGCGGGUUUGCGGGCGGACCGGCCGGGCGCCAUGGCGCGGGAGCCCGAGUUCGUGCUGCGCUACCUGGCCGAGGUGGAGGAGCUGGCGGAGGAGGUGCUGGCGGGGCGGCGGCAGAUUGUGGACCUGGAUCUAAAGCGGAAUCAGAAUCGAGAAGCUCUCAGGGCUCUGCAGAAGGACCCGGACCCUUCUGAGAAAGCAAUGGUUUGCUUUGGAAACAUGUUUAUUCAGCUUCCAAAUUCAAAAACGAAGGAAAUGAUUCAGAAAGGAUGCUUCAUUAUCACCAUCAUCACUAUCUUCUCAGAUCAGGAGCACUUAGACGAGGAAAUAAACCAACUUCGGAAAGAGCUGAGAGUGAAGGUCAACCGUCUCUUUGAAGCUCAAGGUAAACCUGAGUUGAAAGGAUUUAACUUGAACUCCAUGACUCAUGAGGAAAUGAGAGUAAUCAAUCAGAUACUGGAAGGACGAAACUAGACCUUCAUCACGGAGACUUCAACGUUGCUGAUAAGGUGCAUUCAGACCGUCACUCACAGUACAAAAUCUGUGGACAAUCUCCAGAUUUCUUGUGAAGACAUAUUUACUCCUGGUAUCUCUCUUGAGUGGUACAUUUCCUAAGAAGUAUUUGGCUUCUGAAAUCUUUUCACGGUAGGAAUCAUUUGGGUCCAGUGUUGAUCAUGGAUUAAAUACUGCAGUUUGCAGAGACUUGCUAGAACACUGGCCCUUUUAGUUAUUUGACAGCCUGCCAUCACUGGGGUGGGAGUGGGAUUAUUAGAAUCGGAGCAGGACAUUCCUAACUGCAUCUCUUUUAUGUAUGAACUUCUGUAACUUAGCUCCACAGCUAGUGCUUUCUAUUGGCAGGAAAGGGAGUAGGAGGGAAAGAACUGUGAAUCCAUAGUGUCUUCAAAGAAUAAAUAAAGAAACUUUGAGUUGUGUAA